CUGGGGUGGGGGGGGCCUGCAGGGACGCCAGGAAACCAGCACCCACAGCAGACCUGCUGUGGGUGGGAGGAGGGAAACUCCCAUCGGCGCCUACCAGACUCCUGAAAGCUGCCGAUCUCCCCGGAACCCUCAGGUUCGGGUCCGUGUUUCCCUUUCAGCCGCCGGACCCUUUUGAGCAGGGCACAUUCCAUCCGGAAGUAGUGUUCGGAGGGGUGCGAUUGAAGUAGCCGAGUAUUGGCGUCUCACCGCUUCCCACGUGUGCCGUGACACAGGGAGCGGCGCGAGGAUGAAGCUGCUGACGCACAACAUGCUGACCUCGCACGUGCGGGGGGUGCGGCCCGGGGGGGGUUUCCCCCUCCGUAUCCAGGCCACCGAGGUGAAAGUGAAUAAUGUGGAUUUCAACCAGGAGUUCGUGGCGCGGAUGAUCCCCAAGGUGGAGUGGGGGGCCCUGGUGGAGGCUGCGGAGAGCCUGGGCCAUCUGUCGGACCUGCCCCACGAGCUGCCCCCUGAGUACGAGAACAACGAGGACUUCCUGAGGAAGGUGCAUCACGUGCUGCUGGAGGUGGAGGUGAUGGAGGGGAUCCUGAAGUGCCCUGAUUCUGGCCGGGAGUUCCCCAUCACCAAGGGCAUCCCCAACAUGCUGCUGAGCGAGGAGGAGACGUGAAGGGCCAGGAUGGCCAAGAUGGGAAGAUUGGGGUGGGGGAGGGAGGGUUCUACAGGGAAUAGAAGACAUUCUGUGCCCAUUUGGUUUGUGUAUAAAUAAAACUGUGAGGUGGAGCCUGG